ACAGACCGACACGCCGCGCAGGUACUUGACUGAAGGGCGAAAUAACAGGGAGGCCAUGUUGAAUUUUCUGGUGAGACAAAAUUAUAUAUACGAAUUCUGACAUUGUAGUGUCAUUAACAUCGAUAUUUAUGUGAUCAAUGAUAUAGAUCUGAUCACUUUGAUCAUAAUUUCAUACAGUGGAUUUAGUAUAUCGAUGCCUUGUGCAUGUUAUUCCGUUUGGAAUUUCAUAAUUCAUGACCGCAGUUUGUUUGUUUUUCGAUACAUUUUUUGAUGUAAGUUAAGCGUGAGAACUGUUUUAACCUGUAGAAUAUCUAGGAUUCCCUUUUAUAUUGACAGUAAACUUCCCGUGUGACGCCGACACCAGAAAUGCUGCACCCCCGGCGCAGUGCCCAGGAAGUCCUGCUGUGUGACCUCUGUGAAACUGUCCCCCUACAGAGUCACUGUGAAGUUUGUAAUAUAAAUCUCUGUGUUAACUGUGUAGGAAAACAUAUCUCAGAUUCCUCUAAAGAUCACAAUGUCGUCCCCUAUUUACGCAGAAAGUCUCCUAACUACUCAAAAUGUCCGACACACCCGGAUAAACACUGCGAGCAUUACUGUGAGAAAUGUGAAAUUCCCGUCUGUUCUACCUGCGCCUUAUAUGGAAAACACAAAGGUCACGAUGUAUCAGAUAUUCAAGAAAAACUCAGUGCUAAAACAGAAAGUUUACAAAAAGAUCUGGAAGAACUCGAGACCCGAAUUUAUCCCCGAUAUGAGGAAAUGGCGUCCGACGUCCAAACCGAGAAAGCAGAAUUAGAAACAAAAUACGGGAAACUGACCACAACUACUGACCAACAAGGAGAAAUCUUACACCGAGAAAUCACCGCCAUUGUCAACCAGCGGAAAUCUGCCAUUGCGGAGAUGAAAAACAAACACCUAUCUACCCUGAAUAAAAAUACAGAAGAAAUCACACAGAAAAUGGCGGAACUCAAACAGAUCAUGUCCGACUUGAAAUCAAUCCUAAAAUCAAAUGACGUCUCCUUAACCUCUACUUACAAAUCUAGGAAUUUUGAAUUUAGAACAUUACUGCCUAAAGUCCGAGUUACAGUACCCAGUUUGUCUGCUCAGAAAAUAAACAAAGAUCAGCUCAAUGAAAUGUUUGGUUCUCUGUCGCCAUUAUCCAUUAACACAAAACAUGGCGACACAAUGAAGUCAGCAGAAGCUGUAUCGUCUCCUCCAGUCAAACCACUGCUUCAUGAGCCGCGCGUCACCGCCACCAUAGACACUGGGUAUAACAGAUACGAACUAACCAGUGUUAGCUGUCUGAGUGAAGAUCAAGUCUGGACAUGCAGUCAGUUAAACAACACCAUGAAGCUGCUCAACCUCCAGAGUGAACUACUGACAUCAAUACAAACCAAGUCAGGGUACGCACCAUGGGACAUAACAGUGACACGGGACAGAGAUCUUGUUUAUACUGACAAUAUAGAUAGAACUGUUAACUUAAUUAAGAAUAAACAGAUACAGACCGUGAUCACACUACAGGGGUGGUACCCUCUCAAUGUCUGCAGUACCGCCUCUGAUGAUCUCCUGGUUACCAUGAUCAGUGAUGAUGGAGAACAAUCCAAAGUCGUGCGUUACUCCGGCUCCACAGAGAAACAAAGCAUUCAGUUUGAUGAUCAGGGUCGUCCUCUCUACUCAUCUGAUUAUAACUAUAAAUACCUCAGUGAGAACAAGAACCUGGAUAUCUGUGUGGCUGACUACACAGCUAGUGCAGUAGUGGUGGUCAAUCAGUCAGGAAAACUCCGAUUUAGAUACACUGGUCAUCCCUCUAAUACCGAGCAAUCAUUUACUCCAGCCGGCAUCACUACAGACAGCCAGAGUCACAUCCUGACAGCAGACUUUGACAAUCACCGUAUCCACAUCCUAGAUCAGGACGGACAGUUCCUCCGUUACAUUCACUGUGAUUUAGACACUCCAUGGGGUUUAUGUAUGGACAUCAGAGACAACCUCUUUGUGGCUGAGUAUAACACUGCUAAAGUGAAGAAAAUCCAAUAUCUAUAAACACAGUGUUAAUUACACAGCUCUACAGUGUUAAUUACACAUCUAAAAACCCUGUUCAUUACACAUCUAAACACAGUGUUAAUUGCAUCUUUGUGUUAAUUACAGUCGCUUGUUGAUUACAGCCCCGUGUUGAUUACAGCCCUGUGUUAAUCACAGCCCUGUGUCUGUGAUGUGUAAUUAACAUGUACUUGUGUUUGUGAGUUUAACUGAUAGAACAUUAGUCUCUCACUGCUGUUUAGUAAUUAUAAUUUACAAUAUCUGUAUUAUUAUAUCUAAUCUUAGAUUGUGUUACUAGUUAAUUAUCUAUAUACAAUUAGACACAUGUCAAUCAUGAAAUGUAAAUAAAGGACAAUCAGUUCUUGUGAGGUACUAAGUCACGUUGUCAGUAUGUUGUGUGUAGCCUUGAAUUAUAGUACAUCUAUACAUGUACACAUAUACUUGUUUGUGUGUGAUAAACUACUAAUUAUUCUGUUUGUUAAUUAUGUAUUUCAAUAUGUGUUUGAUUUUAUAAUGUAUAUAUUAGAUAAACAUGAUACAGAG